AUGUAUGGAUCCAGAGGAGGGCUGAGGAGGUGUAGUCUUCAUAAGAUCUGUCCCUGUGGGAACUUACACAUUUACCGCUGGCUUGAGCUCAUUGUGCUUUUUCAUUUUUUUGACGGGAGUUUGGAGGUAAGCUGAAUCACAGGGUUGUACGACUGGGACAUCUCUUACAUAUACCUCGUCACCCAGCUGAUGACAGAUAAUCUCGGACCUUGGAUGCAAAGGCAAGCGGCGAUGCGUUGGCACCGCUCUUAACUCUUUGGACACAAACUGAGCUGAAGCUUGUUUUUUGCUGGUUGCUAUCUUCAAGAAGGGCAGAGGAAAUCUGGAAUCCACGAUAAUGAAGCUGAAACCGAACCAGACCAGGACGUACGACGGAGAGGGUUUUAAGAAAAGAGCGGCGUGUCUGUGCUUCAAGAAUGAACGGGAGGAGGAGGUUCUGCUGGUCAGCAGCAGUCGGCACCCGGAUCAGUGGAUCGUUCCUGGAGGAGGGAUGGAGCCCGAGGAGGAGCCGUGGGGCGCCGCGGUGCGAGAAGUCUUCGAGGAGGCCGGAGUGAAGGGCAAACUGGGACGCCUGCUCGGUGUGUUUGAGCAAAACCAGGACCGGAAACACCGGACGUACGUUUAUGUUUUGACUGUGACGGAGACGCUGGAGGCCUGGGAGGACUCGGUUAACAUAGGCCGGAAGCGGGAGUGGUUCACCGUGGACGAGGCCAUCAAAGUGCUGCAGAGCCACAAACCGGUUCACGCCGAGUACCUGCGGAGACUCCAGCUCAGCUGCUCCCCCACCAACGGGAACUCCAUCCUCCCGAGCCCGCCUCCGAACGACAACUACCCCCACUACGGCACCACCACCGGCGCCCCUUCGACGGGCGCCGUGCUGGGCUCCUCCUGCAGAUAGGACCUCACCGCGCCGCCACCGCCUCGCCUGUCCCGGCUUGGACAGUUUACAGAAAGUCUGUACAGUCGCUUGCAUGAAAUCUAAAAGGCUUCUCAGAGCCUCGGCUCGCCUGUAUUUAUUAUUUCUUCCCCCUCGCUUCGAGACUGACCAAAGCUGCUGGCAGGACUGUGAUGAAAGACUGAAACGUCUCUUCUGCUGGCAAGAUUCAGACUGCGGCGUUGGGGAGGGGGGAAAAAAACAAAACAAGGAUGCUGGACACUGCUGGUGCGAAUGAACUUUAAUUAUGGGAUGCCUUAUUGAAACUUUGUACGAAUGUUUUAAUUCACUAACCGUCACGGUUACCUUUUUAGCGGCGACUUGCGGGAUGUGGGGAAAAACAAAACAAAACAAAAGAGUAGCUGGCUCCAGCAGCACAUCGGUGUGCAGAAUGUUUCCAUGGUAAUGUCAUCAACAUACGAUGGUAACGGUAAAUAUAUUACACAUGAAUAUUUAUUAAAAAGAAAACACCUUCAAGUUCACAAAUCCCUUUGUUCCACUUUUUCUUUCUUUUUUCUUUUUUUAGAUGCAAAAUAUAAAGAUAAAUUAGCUAUCAAAUCUGCUUUCCUGCAUUGCUUUUCAAACAUGAAUGAAAUUUAAAAUGUACUUUUGGGAAGAAAAAAAAAAGCUUAAGUUUUCAAUACGUUCUACCUCAGCAAACUUAAACUGGAUACGACCGUCCUGUUCGGUAACCUCUUCUGACGCAAUGCUACUAAUUAAAAUUCAGCCUGCAGCGUUACCUAACUAAUGUGUGCACACCAUCUUCUGUCUCAAGUGUUAAAUCGAGCAGACUGCAGCCCUGGUUUUAUCCCAGAGUGAAUUGAUAUUUCUAUAUGAUACUAAAGUGGAGAUGCACUGAUCAGUUGACCAGAGAUCAAAAUCAGACUCUAUUUUGUAUUUCUUCAGUGGUGCUGAUCUGUGGUGAAAUACCAAAAUAUCUGACUUUUUCUUUUUUCUUUGUCUUUUUUUUUUUUAAAUCAAAUGCAUCAAAACUAAUUAUUUGUUAGGUAAGCACACCACUAGGAUUUCAUUUAGUUAUUUUUCUGUGUUUGGAUAAGUAUGGGAAAUGUUCUAAGUUUGUCCCUUGUUGCAUUUUUUUUUUUUUAAAGAAUCUGAAUUUCUUAAAAAUAAAUAUAUAUUAUUAGUUGUCUUCUUAACAUUUUUGUAUUUGCAUCAAAUACUGAGAUUCUGCUCAAGGUGCAAAAACUGUCAUUUCACAACUUUGUUUUUUUUUUUUUGCUUGCAUUUUGAUUUAAACAGAGUAAUCAAAGCAUUUUUUUUUAACAAACAAAAUUAAUCAGAAAUGACAAAUUGUCCAUUAAGGAAUCUGUAUUUACUGUUGCAUAAUUGAGUUUGCAUUUGACAAAUGGAGAUGUUGUAUAGAUUGUAAAACGAGCCUGACCUAAAUUACACCCAGAUGCCAGAAAAGCUGUGAAAUUUCCCUUUACCUCCCCGAGAGGAGAAUCGGAGGCCAUCUUAGGCACUGGGUAGUUUAUUGUUGCUGUUAGGAAGCGUGAGGCAUAUUUGUUUUAUUCCUUUAAAAAAAAAAAAUCUGCAUCUGUAGAGGCCAGGAAAUGUCUGAUCGGUGCAUCUCUAUAUGAAACAGGAGGACUUGUAUGAAAUAUCUUUAGCAUGUUUGUUUGCUCUUUCAGUGUUUUUCCUCAUACUUCAAAGCAGUGAUUGAGUAAAAAAAAAAAAAAGGAUCUCCCUGUAUUUGAUUACUGAUUUUUUUUUUUAAAAUGGCAUUGGUUUCUCACAAAAAGAAAAAAGAAUAUAUAAAAGUGAAAGAAAAUACUCGUUUUAAUUUGGUCUGAGAAAAAGUCGCCAAAUGCUAACCCUCACAUGAUACCCUGAACUUAAUUUCCCAUAACAUUGUCACCAUGGAUUUUUUUUUUUUGUACGUUUCUGGUGUCAUUCUUGUUUAAAAGAUUUUUUUUUUUUUUUACCCAAUAAUACCAUAACUGAAGAUUAUUUGGCAGCGAUUACAAUGUAAAACAAAUUGGUCCAGGUGCUUAAGACCCGCUAAGUGUGAUUACUUCACAAUUAGUAGAAUCAAAGUUGGAGGAAUCUUCCUCCAGCGGUUUGGGGUAAAUGGAAAUUUACUACCCCUCAGCCAGGAUGUUUGUGGGAGUCGGCAUAUACAGUAAUCAUGUGUUAUUCUGGUAAAAGCAUUGGAAACGGAGGGGAGGCGCAAUUGUCCUGGAAAGGUUCCUGCAGUCGAAACGCACCUAUAGUUUGUGAAAACGCUUUCACAGUGUCAAAUCCAGAUUUAUUAUGAAUUUUCUGCAACAUGUAAAUUGUAAACCGAUGGAAAAUCGAAAGAGGAAACAUGACCUGUAUGAAAAUCGCCUCCCUACCUUUUGCGUCGACAGCUGAAUGAACGCUCGGUGUGUGUAAAUAACUUCAAGAGGCGUUGUAAAAUGUGUUUUUAACCUGUACCUCUUUAAUAUUUUCUAUAUUUUUAAAAUGAUGCACAAACAGCUCGUGUACAGUGCGUGGGUGUUUAUGAUGUGAAGGCUUUGGAAAAGGAGAGUGUUGUCUCAUUCGUAAGAAAACAUGAGGUUAUUUUUUAAUUUGAGGACUUCUUUGAUUUGAUUUUAUUUUAUUUUAGUUUUUCAUUCACUCACUCAAACAGCAUACAAUAGGAAGUCCCAUCUUAUGUUGAGGCUAAAAUGAUUGUUUUUAAAAUUGAAAAAACAAAAUUUUUUUUUUUUUUUGAGAAAUUUUGAAAAAAAUCUGAUUUAUAUUUCUUCUUUUUUUUUUUUUAACUUUAAGUCUACAACCUGAAAUGUGUUUGCGUUUCCAACACUGGCAGACCAAACCGUUUAAUACGGUCAACUUUGGACUUGUUUUCCAGACAUUUUCUUUCUUUUAUGAUCACUUUGUUCUGUUUUCAUCACAUAAUCUUCUUUGUAAACAUCACCCAGGUCGUCUGAGCUGUCAUAAAGCUUUGGCUUCACCUACUGCUGUCUCUGUCCGUGCGUGUGUGUGUGUGUGUGUGUGUGUGUGUGUACAUAUUUAUUACAAGGGGUGAAUUUAAAAUUAAUUGUGCCAAAUGUCAACAUUUAUGCUAUACUAGGGAAAAAAAAAUCAAUAUGUUGAAAAUUAGAUAAUCAUGAUGAGUUUCUACAAAGUAUUUAAAAUGUUUCAUGAAGGUUUAUUUCUUAAAGACCAAUUUUUUAUAUACAUAUAUCUAUAGCCUUUUAAGGCUGUAUUCUUCACCAUCUGAUUGGUGGUUUAAUUCUGCCCGAAGUCGGCUGCGUGCGCGGAAACGCCGUUGAAUGUUUGAAGUCUUAGCCAGUUUCCAUCUGGUCUCAUUCUCCUGUCGAAAAGCUUUUAAUCAAGGCAAAUGAAAGUGUUCUUACUGUUUAUCAUGAUGUUUUGUGAAGCUCAAUGUGAAAGGGACCUGGGCUGGAAGGAAGAGAUUGCAUUAAAGGAAGAACAACUU